GCAGGAGGAGGAGGAGGAGGAGGAGGAGAGCAAUGACUGCUCAAUAGGUCCUUUGACGUGGAAUAUUUCCGUAAAGAGACGAUGGAAGAGUAGCGUGUAGCUCCAAGCUAUCCCGUAUUAACCUUAAAUCGGAACGGGAUUUAGCUCCUGAAUCCCACUCGGACCUGGGUCCACUGGAGUUGACAGACAACAGUCUUUCACAGACUGACCCCUUUCUGUUCCCCCGCCUCCCUCCGCUCAGCUACAGUCAUGAUAAAAGCCAUUUUAAUAUUCAACAACCAUGGGAAACCAAGGCUUUCUAAAUUCUACGAGCAUUAUAAUGAAGACAUAGAGCAACAGAUCAUCAGGGAAACCUUCCACUUGGUCUCGAAAAGAGAUGAGAACGUCUGUAAUUUCCUAGAAGGUGGAAUGUUGAUUGGAGGAUCAGACUACAAGCUGAUCUACCGACACUACGCCACACUGUACUUUGUGUUUUGUGUGGACUCCUCAGAGAGUGAACUAGGAAUUUUAGACUUAAUCCAGGUAUUUGUGGAAACGCUGGACAAAUGCUUUGAGAAUGUCUGUGAGCUUGACUUAAUUUUCCAUGUAGACAAGGUCCACAACAUACUGGCAGAGAUGGUGAUGGGUGGGAUGGUCCUGGAGACCAACAUGAAUGAAAUCAUCACACAGGUGGAUGCCCAGAACAAGAUGGAGAAGUCUGAGACUUUUAUCUUUCAGUCUACCAGGCAGGACAGGUAGACACAGGCCGGUAUUGCAGGAGCGCCUGCUCGUGCCGUAUCAGCUGUAAAGAACAUGAACCUCCCGGAAAUGCCCAGAAACAUCAACAUUGGUGACAUCAGCAUAAAAGUGCCAAAUUUACCCUCCUUCAAAUAGUGGCAGCGAGAUCCUGAAGCUGCAGAUGUCAGCCAAUGUUUACCGUGAUGCAAUCGGUUACCAAAACCUCAAAUUACUAGCUUUUAUCAAAAAUAUAUAUAUCUUGAAGGUACUGUAUGCUUUGACACUCCUUAUUUGGUGUUAACUCUUUGUUUUUCCUAUUAAAAAAAAAAAGAAUGUUUUACGUGCUUUGAAUUUCUGUUGGAAGGAAAAAUGAAGUAUUUAUUUAUUUGUGGUACAUUCCUUCUUCCUCGCUGGAGGUUAACCCUUGAUGUUCAGCUGCUACAGUAGAGAUCUGUGUCAGUUUGUAGCUGAAAUAAUUUCACUGACUCCAGUGUU